AUGUCACCACCAUUCAAAUACGAACAACCAGAACACAAGUUGACCUUGAUCCCAGGUCCCAUUGAGUUUAGCGACGAUGUUCUUGCAUCAAUGGCUACUCCCUCGCAAGCACACACUUCACCUGAAUUUGUUUCCACUUUUCAAUACGUUUUGAAAGGCUUGCGUAAAUUAUUCAAGUCCACCGACCCAAAGUCACAAGGUUAUGUUCUUAGUGGUUCAGGUACUUUGGGAUGGGAUAUUGCUGCUUCAAACUUGAUAGUUCCAGGAGAUAAAGUCUUGGUCUUGUCCACUGGGUUUUUUAGUGACUCAUUUGCUGAGGCAUUGAAGGUUUACGGUGCCGAUGUUGACGUUAUUACUGCUCCAGUGGGAGACGUUGUCGCAUUGGACAAAGUCAAAGAGCAAUUGCAAAAGGAAAAGUAUACUGCCAUCACUAUUACCCAUGUUGAUACAUCUACUUCAGUUGUGAGUGAUGUCAAGGCAAUUAGUGAGAUUGUUAAAGAAGUUAGUCCUGAAACAUUGAUUGUUGUUGAUGGGGUUUGUUCCAUUGGUGUUGAAGACUUGGAGUUUGACAAAUGGGGUAUUGAUUUUGCAUUAACUGCAUCCCAAAAAGCCAUUGGCGUUCCUGCUGGCUUAUCCAUUUUCUACAUUAGCGAGAGAGCAUUGGCAAAGGCUUUGAACAGAGAAAAGGAAACAACAUUCUUUGGCUCAUUGAAAAGAUGGACUCCAAUCAUGGAGGCUUACGAGCUGGGCAAGCCAGCAUAUUUUGCUACUCCAGCAGUGCAAACUAUUACUGCCUUGAAAACAUCGUUGGAAGAGAUUUUCUCCAAAUCAUUGGAUGAAACAAUUGCACACCAAGCAAAGACUUCUGAUGAGUUUAAGCAAAACCUCAAGAACUUGGGAUUGACUAUUGUUCCUGUGAAUGAAAAAGUUGCUGCACAUGGUUUGACUGCAGUCUACUUCCCUGAAGGCAUUGAAGGUCCUGAAUUGUUGAAAAAGUUGGCAGAAAAAGGUUUUGUUGUUGCUGGAGGUAUUCACAAACAAUUGGUGGGCAAGUACUUUAGAGUGGGCCACAUGGGCUACUCUACAUAUGCUGGCCACAUCCAAAAGUUGAGCAAAGCUCUUGAAGAGUCGAUAAAAGAAUUGAAACAAUAA